GAAAAAAAGACAAUUGAAAAAAAGGAAAGGUUUUCAUUUAGACCAAGAAUUAACGUUUGCCGAAUUAUAAGUGAAAAUACGUCCUCGGGAGUGUUUACUGGAACCAGAUUGGAUCGAAUUUGAUUUUUAAGCAUCCCUUGCUAAGUUUUCAUGACUCACCUGCCUGCUUUAACUCAAGUCAACCCCAUUUUGAUGGUGUGGAACUGAUGCAUAUCAUCCUUUUCAGUGCCACUCUCUUGGACAUUCUUUGGACCUUUUAUGAGAAAGUUAGCCUUCUAAUGGGGCUGAGUUAGACAUUUAAUAUAUUCCCCCUCCAUGUCAUUUAUACUAUCAGUGUCUGGUUCUGUUAUUUCACACAUUAUCCUGCAAUGGCAAUGCAGGAGCCAGGCAGGACAAAAGGAUUUCCUUGCAAACAGUGUGGCAUGGUGUGUUCCAGUAUGCCCAGCCUCAUAGAACACAUGGAUACACAUAUCCAACAGGACGAGGACCGCAAAUUCAAAUGUGAUGAGUGUGGGCGGGGCUAUAGGCAUGCCGGUAGCCUGGCCAACCACAAAAAGACACACGAUGUGGGCACUUUUGAGUGUCAGAUAUGUGGCAAAGAGAACACUAAUGCUUUGGCCUUGAAAAGUCACCUCCGCAGUCAUACCUCCCAGAAGAAGUAUUCCUGUAUGGAAUGUGGAAAGUCCUUCCGCCUGGCUUCCCAGCUGGCUACCCAUGAGCGCGUUCAUCUCUCCAGGCAAGCAAAGGUGCAGUCAUUCAGGAGGGUGGGAUGUGAGUACAGCACAGCUGAAAAUAGAGAUGCUGAUGACUCACUUAAUUUUGACGAGCAGUCAGCCAGCAUGGGAAUGUCUGUAGAAAACAGCCCUGGUGAAGAUGAGGGGGAGCAAGCUGAUGAUGUGGAAACCUUUGACAACACAGCGAAUCGGCCUUUUAAAUGCGAUUUGUGUGACAAAUCUUACAUCCACCUGCGAAGCCUGACCAAUCACAAAAAGACUCAUCAGGUGGGGAUGUUUGAAUGCACCAUCUGUUUCAAGCUGUUCAAUAACAUGGCAGCCCUCUAUAGCCACCAGAGAACUCAUAAAACCAAGGGGGGCGCGGGCCCUGUCUCAGUGGGAUCAGCCUAUGCUGACACACCACCAGACACAUUCUCAUCUCGCAGCCAAGAUGCACCAGAAAAUUUCUGCCACCUGUGCCAAGUGCUAUUCCCCAACGAUGAGGAGUUCCAGGAGCACAUCCAGAUGCAUAAUUCUUCCUCUGUGUCCUUUGGCCACCACGACUUGGUACAAGAGAACCACAGUAUGUCUUAUGAAAGCAGUAUUGCAUCUCCCGGGUCAAAUUUUUAUGCAUCCCCCAUAAAUAAUGGUCCACCUGUAUCAUCAAUGGAUAAUCAUGGAGAUUUUGAUCCUCCUAGGGGUCAGGUUAUUAAUAACGGCCAUAUUUACUCUGAUUGUUCAAGUAGUCAAACAUCUUCCAGAGGGAAUGCUCAAGCAGAGCUCUUGGAUGCUGAGGCUUUCAGUCCCACCCUGGCUCAGCCACAUGCCACUGCCGAUGCAGCUGAGAUGGAGGAGAACUUUGCUGCAGACUCCAGUGAGCGGCGCUUCAAAUGUGAGAUCUGCGGGAAGAGCUAUCGUCACUCAGGGAGUCUCAUUAACCACAAGAGGUCCCAUCAGGUGGGGAUCUAUCAGUGCUCCAUCUGCAGGAAGAGCUAUCCUCACCUAGCAGCUCUCAGGAGCCACCUCCGCCUCCACAAGUCUCAGCCGUCCUCCUUUAGCCUGAGCAGCGAUGGGGACUGGCUGUCCUCAGAGCCCCUGACCUUGGACAACCAGCAGGGAGGUUUUCCCUCUCAGGAGGGAGAGGAGGAGGAGGGUGAUAAUACUGGAGCUUUGCUUGGUUUGGAACAGGAGAAUACAUCCGACCAAAGUAACCAGGCUUUGUACCAUGAGCAGUUUAAUCAGGACUAUUCCCAGGACGAGAACAUACAUCUACCUCACCACCAACAUCUGAUGCAGAGGCAUAUGUGUGCAGACUGUGGAGAGACUUUUGCAGACAUCGCAGGCAUCAAGUCUCACAGCUGCCCAUUGCUACAGCAGCAGCACACAGCCACUACCAAUGGCUACAGCACCAACAUGAAUUUCCAGGAAAGCAACAGAGAAUGUGCUAUUGGAAACCAUGAGCCCAAUGCAGUGUUCCGUGGUCUGAAUGGAAGCCAGGACCAAAGUUUCUUUGGUGAGCAUGACUUCCACGACGACAUGAGCAAUGAACACCUAAAUGGAGGCGUGGAUGGCCAUGAGGCUGAUGAAGAGGAUGAAGACGAUGACGGAGAUCUCUACCAAUGCUCUGUGUGUGGAAACAGCUAUACCAGUAUGCGGGCCCUGCGGAGCCACUUGCGGGGUCACACCCAGUCCCAUGCCACCCCUGCCAGCUCAGGCUCCUCCUCCAUGUCCUCUCAUGAGGAGGUGAAGGAUGAGGAAGGGGGAGAGAUGAUUAUCUGCAGCACAUGUGGUGAGAGCUUCACCAGGAGGCAGGACCUGAUUGCUCAUCAGCUCCUACAUAGCCAGGCCAUGGCAGACAAUGCCCAGCACAUCAGCCAAAGUCGCAGCUCUGCAGGCAAGGAGGAUGCCCAGAGCAUCAUCUGUGGCAGCUGUGGCAUCUUUUGCACCAGCUACCGCCACCUGCAGAGCCACAACUGCCCGACCCAGAGGAAGCCAGAGUCUGCAAACCACGAAGAGGAAAUGAAAGCAAACACUGGUACCAACAGUGUGGAGGCGGGACCCAUUAAGGAAAACAUUGACGAUGAGGAUCGUCAGUAUAAGUGUGAUCAGUGCGGGCGCUCCUACCGACACGCAGGCUCCCUGCUGAACCACAAGAAGUCACACAAGACCGGGGUGUUCCGCUGCCUUGUGUGUCAAAAACGCUUCUACAACCUGCUGGCCCUCAAAAACCACCAAAGGUCCCAUUUUGAUGUCAAAAGGCAUGCCUGUCACGAGUGUGGGAAAGCCUUCAAAAUUCAGAAGCAGCUCCUGAACCACUUGCGACGGCACAAGGAGAACCAGGCCAAGAUCCAGGAGUUGAACAACCAGAUCCAGACCCUCAUGCAAAUGAAUGGGUCCAACUCAAACGGUGGGAAACCGUUCUUGAGUCCACGUUCCAACCUGACCCGGCGGCACCGACAACCCUCUCAAGACAGAGCAAAUCUCAGCGCUUCGGUCAAGUCGGAGGAUGCGAGUGAUAUUCGCCCUUUUGCCUGUGACCAGUGCGGCCGCACAUAUCGCCAUGCGGGGAGCCUGGUUAACCACAGGAAGUCGCAUAAGACGGGAGAAUACUGCUGCUCUGUGUGUAACAACACCUACUCCAAUCAACUAGCAAUGAAAAACCACCUGCGCACCCACUUUGCUUACAAGAAGCAUUCCUGUCAGAACUGUGGUAGGGGCUUCAGGGGGAAGAAGCAGCUUUUGGCCCAUGUCUGUACUCACCUCAGGAGGGAUGGGCUGGUGGGCUCCAGGGGCCUGAAAACCAGAGCUUUCAAGUGCAAAGAAUGUAAACAGGCCUUUCUGUCUUUGGAACAGCUGACAGCCCACGCCUGCAAUGGACGCUUGGAUAAUAGGAACCCACAGGCCGCCACAGCCCAGAGCAAAGAGGAGCGGCCAUUCACCUGCAACAUAUGCAACCGCAGUUACCGGCAUGCGGGCAGCCUCCUCAACCACAAGAACACCCACAAGACUGGCCACUUCAGCUGUACCUUCUGCUCCAAGCCCUUCACCAACCCCAUGGCCCUACGCAACCACACCCGCAUCCACACGCAGAAGAAGAAGUAUGUGUGCCUGACAUGUGGAAAGGCAUUCCGCCUGGCUAGCAUCCUUCACAACCACCAGAAGGUCCACAGCCGGGCAGCAGGUCACUUCAGCUGCCCCACCUGUGGGAAGAGCUUCCAGGGCCGGUCGGGGCUUAAGAGACACCGUUGCCAUAGGGUUCGGGAUAACUCCACAAGAGGCACCAUCCAUCAUUCUGAGGCAGGAGACAAAUGCUUCAUGUGUGACCUGUGUGGUCGCUCUUACCGUCACGCUGGCUCCCUGCUCAACCAUAAGAAGACACACUCAGAGAACCUCCACCACUGCACCCUGUGUCUACAGACCUUCCCUGACCCCCUCACGCUGCAGAUCCACUCCCAGAUGAAGCGCCACUGCUGCCCUGAGUGCGGCAAGACCUUCUGUUUGACAUCCCACCUCCAGAGCCACAUGGAACUCCACUCCAAGGACCGGUCGGUUCUCUGCAGCCUGUGCCAGCAGAGUUUUCCCAACACAGUGAGCUACCAACAACACCAGGAACUGCACCACAGGUCGCAGGGCCACUAUUCCCAACAGAACAUGGACAACAACCUCUGCUGGAGCUCCAGCAUGGGGCUUGAGGGGAUGACCAAGCUGGCCCAUCCUACUCUGUCCCACAUGCAGGGCGGUGUCUCUGAACUGCAGGAGAACCAGGAGGCGCCCAGUGGCAUAGAAGAGAAGAGCCACGUGUGCGAGCACUGCGGCCGCACCUAUCGGCACGCCGGCUCCCUGCUCAACCACAAGAACAGCCACAAGACUGGUUCCUUCUCCUGCUCUGUCUGCCAUAAGGAGUUCACCAAUCUCAUGGCACUUAAGAACCACCGGCGGAUCCACAUCGAACCCAAGCGCUACCAAUGCCUGGAGUGUGGUAAGGCCUUCCGCGUGUCCACUCAGCUGAUCUGCCACCGCCGAAUCCACACCAAAGAGAAGCCCUUUGCCUGCCUGCUGUGCCACAAGAGCUUUUCCAGUAAGUCCAACUUGAGGCACCAUCAGAGGAUGCAUCAGAGCUCCCAGACCUAUGACUCCUCCUUCAGCAUGGACACCAACUCCUUCAUGGACCUGGACAUGGGCUCUUUCCUCUGAGAGGCUGUUAACUCCUCUCUCCCCCUUCUAUCAGUAAU